AUGACGAAAGACGAUACUCAAGGCCGUACCUGCUCCCUCGAGGAGUUCUUCGAUACUGCUUUUGACUACAUAAUUUGCGGCGGUGGAACUGCCGGAUGCACUGUUGCCGCACGGUUGAGUGAAAAUGCGCAGGUUACUGUCGGUCUGAUAGAGGCGGGAAAGUGCAGGCUUGGUGAUCCCGUUGUAGAUACUCCCGCAAGGUUCGGGGAGAUGUUCGACAACCCCGAGUAUGAUUGGUGCAUUUAUACCGAGCCACAGAGAGAAAACCAUGACAAUGUUCACCAUGUGCCAUGCGCCAAGUUCUUGGGUGGUUCAAGUGGUAUGAACGCCACGUGCUAUGUCCGCGGAUCAUUACAAGAAUAUGACGAUUGGGCUGGGCUUGUUGGCGAUGAGGGCUGGUCGGCCGAGGCUAUGCAACAAUAUAUGCGCAAGCAUCAGACAUUCGAAGCCGCUGAGGCAGACCUGGGCCGAUCCAUAAACUCCCUUAGUAAAUUUCACGGUUUACAAGGUCCUAUCCACACUAGCUUCAAUGAUGCGGUAUUACCCAUUGAACACGCUUUUAUCAAGGCAUGCGAAGAGGCAACGGGUAUUACCAAAAGACCAGAGGAUCCCUGGUCUGGCGAUCAUAUGGGGUUUUAUCAUGGGUUGACAACCGUAAAUAGAACAGGCCCCAACAAAGGGAAGCGAAGCUAUGCUGCGGGAGCAUACUUGGAGUCAAACCACACUCGCUCUAAUUUGAAGAUUCUGUGCGAGACUCGUGUCAACAAAGUGAUACUCGACGAGAAUCAUCGAGCGACCGGUAUUAGCAUAACUCACAGCGAGAACGACUAUGAAGUCACGGUCGCCCAAGAGGUCAUACUGUGUGCGGGUACUAUAUUCUCUCCACAUAUCUUAGAACUUUCUGGCAUUGGUGACCCAGCCGUCCUUGAAAGAGCUGGAAUUCCUUGCAAGGUAGAGAAUUUUGCCAUUGGAACCAACUUCCAAGACCAUGCUAUGUCAUUCACUACAUGGCAUGUUCAGCCAGAUGUCAUUACAGGGGAUAUCCUUCGGCUGGUCCCCGAGGCCAUGCACUCCGCCAUCAAUCAAUAUGUGGAGACGAAAGACGGGCCUCUCACUAACGCUCCUAUCGUCACUGGAUUUCUUUCAGCGAAGAGUGUCAUGGCUGAAGCGGAAUUGAACGGUCUAAUUCAAAAUAUCAUGGAGAUCAAACCCGCUAAUGCGUUCCAUGCCAAGCAGCUGAAGUGCAUUAUUGCAAACCUACAGGACAAGAACUCAGCCAAUUUGCAGAUUUCUAUAAUGCCACUCAUGACCAACCCCAAACGAGACUCGAGGCAUCACAAGGAGUUAUUUGUUCUGGGUCCUGAAUGGCAGGGGAGAGGAAUCACAUUAGUCGUUGGGAUACAGUACCCGGUCGCGCGUGGAUACAUUCAUGUUGAAUGUGAUGAUUUUGCAUGUCCGCCAAUGAUCCAGUCGAAUUUGCUUGGUCAUGAAGCAGACGUUACUCUUCUCGCGGCUGCUCUUCGCUGGGCAGACACAGUGGGUCGAUCGGAGCAUCUUCAAGACUCAAUCAGCAGCAGGUCGUUCCCUCAUCCAGAAGUCGACUUACAGAACCUCGAUCGGGCCAAAGAAGCAGUACAUGAGUUUGUAAAUUCCAACUACCACGUGUGUGGCACAGUUGCGUUGGGUGAAGCGCUAGACACUCGUCUACGGGUGAAAGGAGUACAGGGCCUUCGGGUGGUGGACGCGUCGAUCUUCCCGAAUAACGUUAGUGGUAACAUUCAAGCAACCGUAUACGCAGUGGCAGAGAAGGCAGCCGAUUUGAUCAAGGAAGACUGGGGAUUACUUGCACGCGAGUAG